UGUGUUGCCUUCUUCGUAAAAGCUCUUUUCUGUAACUACGUCUACCACUUUCUUCAGGAAUGCAAGCUGCUUUAUUGGUGGUCCUCAUAGGUGUUUGGAUCGUUAGUGCCUGGUAUGAUCCAGUGUUCGUAAAUGAGCUCAGGGGUCUGGUGGAAGACGGAAGAGACAGAGGUUUGCUAAGCGCUCUUAGAAAAAAUGUUCAUCUAAACCGCACUACGAAAAAAGCAGUUGUCAACGAGAUUCUUGAAUUACAAAACGAGAGAACCCAGGAAGCAUAUGCAACCAGAGUGCAAGAGAAAAAGCAAUUGCAUAAAGCACAGUAUGACAAACUACUAUCGAAGGCUGGAGCAGAUCAAGCAGUGAAGGACUACUUGGAACAAGCUGAGAAGAUCAACAACGACAUGGCCAUCAAAGAUGAUGAUGCAAGAACGAAGAUGAAGGAAUUGAGAGCAAAGCUGAACAGAAAGCAGCGCAAAUUUGCGAAACAAAUGGAGAAAUUUACAUGAUUUUCCUCGGGAAUCUGAAUUUAAUACACAUGCAUGCCAAUUGACU